CUUUUGAAGAUUAUGCCUCCCGUAAAGGAUGAAUCAAUAAGAGAAGCUAAUUGUUUGGAAAUCAUAAACAUUUCUGAAAAGAGUCCCGGAAAAAAUAGCGCAUUGGUAGAUGUGAGAGCGUGCAACAAACCUGCUACUAAGUGUUAAGUUACAGUGCGUCAUGUGGUGGGCAGCUGAUUCUUGUGCUAUUAUUUGUGUAAAUGAUAAUUUGUAAAAUGCACAAAACUGUAUAGUUUCGGAGUUCGCCUGUACGUAAAUUAGUGCAUUGCAUGCCUUCAGUAUUGCACCCGAAACGCGGCGACAUGACUAAUUCACAGGUAUGGUUCCGUGGCGUGAGGAGUUCCAAAUUCCGCCACGUGUACGGGGUGUCAUUCAAAAGGGAGCGAUGCUAUGACAAUAUAAAGAUAACGCGGAACGCGCAUGACUCCAACUUUUGCGCAGUCAACCCCAAGUUUGUAGCCAUCGUCACGGAAGUAGCUGGUGGUGGCGCAUUCUUAGUACUGCCAUUGGAUCAUACUGGCCGUCUUGAUUUCAACGCCAGCCGUGUGACUGGCCACAAAGGCCCGGUCCUCGAUAUCAAGUGGAAUCCGUUCAACGAUAACAUCAUCGCAUCAUGUUCCGAUGACUGCACGGUAAAACUAUGGCACAUACCAGACGGAGGUCUGUCUAUGCACUUGACGGACUGGCUGGUGGAGUUGCACGGUCACAAGCGUCGCGUGGCGUAUAUAGAGUGGCAUCCCACCGCGGAGAACAUACUGCUGAGUGCCGGAUUCGAUUACCUGAUCUUCGUAUGGGACGUCGGCAAAGGUGAAGCGGUAAAAGUGAUCGACUGUCACAGUGACGUCAUAUACUGCAUGUCCUUCAACCGCGACGGCUCCCUCUUGGCGACCACCAGCAAAGACAAGAAGCUGAGGAUCAUCGAGCCGAGGAGGGGGAUCGUACUCUCUGAAGGCCCCUGCCACCAAGGCACUAAAGCUUCAAAGUGCACAUUUCUCGGGGACCAGGGGAAAGUGCUCACUACGGGCUUCUCUCGGUACAGCGACCGGCAGUACGCGGUGUGGGACCAACAUGACUUGUCCAAGCCGCUCGUGUGCGAGACCAUAGACAGCUCGUCUGGAGUCGUGUUCCCGUAUUACGACUAUGAUACUAACAUGGUUUACCUUGCGGGUAAGGGCGAUGGGAACAUCCGCUAUUAUGAAGUUGUAGACGAUCCGCCGUACGUGCAUUUCCUCAACCAGUUCCUUUCUGGUAACCCACAGAGAGGGCUAGGCUUCAUGCCGAAGCGUGGAGUCAACACGGCCAUUUGCGAAGUGUUCCGCUUCUACAAACUGCACACGUCGAGGGGACUUUGUGAACCUAUCUCCAUGAUUGUACCGAGGAAAUCUGACUGCUUCCAGGAGGACCUGUACCCGGACACGGCGGCGCCCGCGCCGGCGCUGCGCGCGCGCGACUGGCUGGCCGGCCUCAACGCGCCGCCCGCGCUCAUCAGCAUGAAGACCGGCGUAACAAUAUCAACGCACAAGCCACGCUCAAACAACAACGCGCCGGCGAUGCAACCACAAGACGCUAACAACAGGAAGAAGUUCGCGUUCCUGUCGCGAGAAACCACGCCCGAUUACCGUCCCCUGGGAACGUGGCAGCCGAACGAUAAUCACGUUAACGAAAACGAUAACAAUAUCGCUAUAACUGAGAAGUCACAGAAGACGACUGCCAAUCAAAACACGAAAUUCCAUCAGCUUCAAAAAAUGUUUGGCAAACAGACCGGGGACGCUGAACCUGUACCGCUCUACAAGCAGAUCAACCAGGGAGACGUUUUUAGCACUGAACAUGAGUUACGCCUAGCGUUCAACCGCCAAGGCGAAGAGUUGAGGAUCGUCAAGCGACAGCUUCAAAACAGUCAGCAAAGAGUUAGAGAGUUAGAACAACAUGUGGCCGCUUUACAGGCGAAGCUUCAACGGGACGGCUCAUAGAUCAGGGAAUGUGAAUGAUCAGUCGCUUUACUAUCAAAGACGUUUAGAGAAACGGCCAUUUUGUAUCUCUGAUCUGUACAGCUGGGCUUAUCCAAUUCUUUCUAUGACUUUGGUUAGCUUAUAGGUAGAAACAGAGGUACCGAUGUCACACAUACGCCUUGUGAACGCUCGUAAGUACUAUUACAAAAAUAUAAUUCAAAAUUUACAUCUAGGAAGACUUGGGAUCCUAUUUUACUCAAUUUGUACUUGACCCGAGAUUGAUAUGAGACAGCGAUACAAAAUGGCCGAUUUUAUAAGUUUUUGAUUGAAGCGGUGUAAAGUUUAUAUUGCGGGCGUAUUUUUUGCUUCGUGACGUCGCAACUCGGCUAUUGUGAUUGAUAAGAUUUAAGGUUAUAGAAGUGAUUUCAAGUUAGUACGAACAUUUGAUAAAAAUAUCAUGUUCUCAGUAAAAAGAUGAUGUUUUGAGAUAAAAGCAUAAUGAACCCACCAUGAGCCUAAAAGUGGCAAUUAAAAAUGUAAUUCGAAAUUGUGGCUGCCUCGCUUAGCUAUUCGCGUUUGAUAUUUAGUCGCUAAUUGUUAGUAUCUUACGGUUUGACAUACAAUAUUGAAAUGCGUUUAAAUAAUGAUCUGAAUAUUUUUUCGAUUACGAUCGUGUUUUCUUACAAAGUUUUAAUGGCUUCUGUAUUAUUGAUGAUAGUUUAACAAAAUACGUCAGAGCUUCAUGUCAGCAGCUGUCUGUGAGAAAUUGUUUUUAUAUUUUUAAAGUAUCGGUAUAACAUUUGAGUAACCUAUGAUCAGAUAUCAAGGAAUAUUAUGCCAUACCUUUCGCAAGUGGCCUAAUUGAUACUUACAUUUAUCUCAUUGCUACAUAAAUAAAAUCAUGUUUUCAAUUGAAUUCAAUCAAAAUCAUUUAAAAUCAAUGGUCACAAGGAAAGAGUACAAGUUUUUAAUAUUAAUUUGUUCGAACCCGUAUCAAUAAUAAAUGUUAGAAAACUUAUAGGUUAUUAUUAUCGCGUUAGAUGAUUGAGAUUUGAAUUUAAUUUUCAAUGCAUUACCACGGUAGGUUCUACUGCUAGAAAAACAAAAUUGGAUGUCUAUGUGCAGCAUACUUUACCAAUUUUUGAUAUAUCGAACGUAAAGCAUUUUAAUAAACCCCACUUAGUUUUAGCCAUAUAGAAGCUAACUAAUGCUUUGCAGGCCAAUUUAUCACAAUGCAAUGCUCAAUAUUAUAAGGGUUUUCGCGAAUCAACAGUAUUAGAUUCAACAUUGGGAUCAAAAUUUAGACAUUCCGAGAAAGAUAUUUUCGUAAGAGCAUUUAGCGAGUUGCCAAAAAUGUAUUGCAGAUUUUAAUUGUUUCGUAAUAAAAUGUAUAUUUACUAAGGAUUUAAGUUGUAAACAGGCCUAGUUUACUCUGGAUAUGCGGUAAGGGUUUUAGAAAUUGUUUCUAACAGUAGAAAUGUUUCGUCAAAUCUACAAUUCACUUAUUUUGUCGGUUCGACGAAAAUAGGAUUAGGUUUCUAGGAAAGCAAUUUGUGAUAAAUCCAUGACAUGUUUGCCCGUCACAAAAUGUUUUGUCACAACAUCGAUAUAUUUUGUAUUAAGUUUUUAAAUAAUGUGCAAUGAAAUUCAGGGUUUUGAUAAUUUUACGUUAUUCCGUUUGCUAGCAAGCACCUUUUUAUUGAAGCACGACAUUUGGAUUAUAUUCCCAGUUUUAUGAAUUUAGUUGACAUCUUGUUAGUGAUUUUAAAUAGUCUGAUUUACAUUAUUGUGUAAACAUGUGUUACCUGUUAUUUUAUGAAUUGUGUUUACUAUUUUUAGGACGAUAUAAAAGGAAUCCGCGUCUUAUUAUAAUGUAUUUUUUGUAUGUUUUGGAAGAUCGAGAAUGGAAAGAAAUUGUACAAAAAAGUUACCUGAACUUUUUCUGUACAUAAUAGCGCUAAGAUUCGGUAGCAUCUAUUGAGGGCAGAUCUCGGGUGCUAGAGCCUUUUUUCACUAAUAGUGUUUACGUUUGAUGGUUUGUUUGUGGCAGUUUGAAUGGAAUCCAUUCAGUGAUUAAUUCUGUUAUUUGAUGCGCCAUUUGAAUAAAUAUGUAUUGCGCCUUAUGUAUCGAUCCCGGCGAAGCUAAAACGAAAGAAAUCUUAUAACUUGAAUUCCGAAUCGCACAUUUAUAGGUACGUUAUGUAAUUGGAAGAUAACCUAUUCAUAAUUUGAAUGUAGGCACGAAAUUACAUCGUGCAGUCUUAACACGUGUAAUAUAUUUUUGACAUUCCAUAUUCAAGCAAAAUGUUAGUAUGGUAAGUGAAAAUGAAAGUAUUAUUGUGCAUUAGCUGGAUUAUAAUUAUGUGGCUAAGUCGGUGUUAAUAUUUAUUAUGUAUUUUUAUAUCAUGCUUAUGUAGCACAAAUUUUCAAUAAAUGUUUGAACAGUA